UUGAAAUACAGUACAUAUUAUAGCAUUGACUGCAAUACUGUGUAAUACAGUGUGUAUUCAUUCAUAUGUUUAAACGUAUGGUUUGUUUUGUUAACAUUUUUUUGGAUGACUUUUAAAUGGCGUUUAAUUUAACGAUCAGUUGAUUAACUGUUUUAUUGUAAUUGAUUUGAUUGGACACGAGUUGACAUCAUUAGUGGUCACACAAGACAUACCACACCAUUGAUUGCCAAUUGAUUGACCAGUCAUUUGUUGGAUGACAUUAACUGGCGAUUAGUGAACCAAUUGGUGAUAAUUUUGGAUGACUUCGGGCGGUAACAGUGUAUGUGUAACCAAAUUAGUUGAUCCGUGACCUGAUAUGCCACUGCCGCGACUCGUUGGUCAACACCUAAUGGCCAACGCUUUUCCCCGAAUUAUCCGCAUAGUUGUGGGCAAUGGACACGACGCGGUCAAUGUGGUCAACGGUCGACAGCCCAACAUUGCCAUCAAUAUCAACAAUAUUAACAUAAAUAACAAUAACAACAACAACGAAGAGGCCACAGAUGUAUCUCUGUUGCGGAUCAGGAGUCGACUGUUUCGUGUGUUGUUCUUCAAGAUAGCCGUCAUCUAUGCUCUUGCAGUGCCACACACUGUCCGCAGACUGAUAGAGUGGUCCGUACUAUUGACGGCAUUGCUAUCACUCUUUGUUUUAUGUCAUCUACACGUGUCGUUUAUCCGGACACCGAUAAACUGUUUGGAUCACAUCAAUAACGAGUGGCCGCGCGAUGGCAUACUUCGGGUUCAAAUACUGAACGAUCCGCACGACGACAUUGUAGUCGAUGAUGAAUCGUUGAACACUAUAAACAAUAAUAAUAAUAUUGUUGACAACAACGGCCCCAAAAACUCGACAAUUGAUCUCGAGUUGAGCAUCAGUGACGAUAAGUUCAAAUUGAAUGGUGAUGUCGACAAUGUUAUCGAUACUAAAAGAUAUAAAAUGAAGUCAUUUAUCGAUGUAAACACUGCAGAGUCCGACUCGGAUGUAGACACGACUUCCGUUGACUCAAACGAUGUCUACUAUUACUCUAAUAUUAGUUCACUCGGUGUUAAAGAUUUGAUUGAUUACAGCAAUCAUAUCAACAAUUAUAACGAAAACAAUGGCUAUCCUCAACCACUCAAGGAAAAGGUAUCGCACUUACAGAUGAUUGCACGGGCAGUUUGGCCACACGAGAGCUACAUAAUAGAGUAUUCAUUGGAGUACGGCUUCUUACGGUUAUCAGCACGUGCUCGACAAAGGCUCAAAAUACCCAUUAAAGUGGUCACACUUGAUCCGCGCGACAACCGAUGCUUUGGUGAUGUACUUUCACGUACACUACUAUCAAACUUUUUGGGAUAUGACGAUAUACUGAUGGGUAGUCUCAAGAAUUUGGCUGAAAAGGAGAACAACAAAGGAUAUGUGCGAAAUGUCAUAACCGGUGAACACUACCGGUUUGUCAACAUAUGGAUGACCAGAGCAUCAUAUAUUGCGGCCGCAUUUAUUAUGCUCGUCUUCACACUGUCCAUAUCGAUGCUAUUGCGGUACAGUCAUCACCAGGUGUUUGUAUUUGUAGCUCAGCUCAUGCAUACUCUCGAGUCAAAUAUGCAUCUUUCAUACCAAACCUUUCCGGCCGCUCCUCUCCUGACGGUUAUUCUGGCGCUCGUCGGUAUGGAAGCAAUUAUGUCUGAGUUUUUUAAUGACACGACAACCGCUUUCUAUGUUAUACUAAUUGUUUGGUUGGCCGACCAGUUUGACGCCAUGUGCUCACAUACGGCACUCACACGACGACAUUGGCUGAAAUUCUUCUAUUUAUAUCACUUUGCUUUUUACGCUUAUGAUUACCGAUUCAAUGGCCAAUACUCAGGACUAGCACUUCUAACUUCUUGGCUCUUUAUUCAACACUCAAUGAUUUACUUUUUCCACACCUAUGAGUUGCCUCAUAUACUAAGUGAAGUCCAACCCAUUACUAUAGAGGCUACAGUCAGACAACACACACCACAACCUCCACCCGAACCACCGGCUCCUGCAGAUGAAAACCAAUCUGAAAGUAGUGAUACUAAUGACAGACAAAUGUCAGCAAAUUCUGAUUCAAAUUCAAGCAAUUCUUCUGACAAUAUGACGACUGAGUCGACACGAAAUACAAAUUCAAAUAAUGAUUUGCCUAACAAUUCUGCAGUCGACAGUCCUAAUGGUGUUACAGUCGAUAAUCACAACACCAGUGCUUUAAAUGGAAACAAAUGUUCUCAAUUUGAAUUAAAAUCUAAUUUAUUGCAUAAUUAUAACAAUUAUAAUAAUGAUAAUUGUUUUAUAAGCAGCGAUCGGUUGAUAUACACUUAAUAGUCUUUUUAAAUUAUUUAUGACUUGAAUUAUAAGU